GAAGACAAGACCAGAGAGGAAGAACAUGUGACCACAUCCUGACACAGUCAGUCGGUCGCUCGGAGUGGAGAAUGUUUCAGGUACACGAUGCAGGAAUCACAGAGUAACGACACCGACCGGAUUCCAGAACAUGGCCACACGUCAAUCGCCAGAUUCACAUGAAGACAUCGUCCUGACAGAACGAUGCACACACACACACACUCUCUGCAGGACAACGUGGACUCGUGGACAUUCUCCUCAUCCUCUCCCUCAGCACACAUCCAUCACCCCUCUCCCCUGUCCUCCAUGUCAGCGUUCAAACCCCACGAGGACCCUCAGCACCCCCAGAUGACAUCAAACCAUUUACCUGGACUCCAGGAAGCUUUCCCUCAAUUUUGCCAUCCCCAGAAAGCUUCCCCUCAUCUUCCUUCCCCACAAAUAAGCUCCCCCCUUCCUUGCCAUUCUCAGGACGGUUCCUACCAGUAUGUGUCUCAGUCAUACUCUCAGUGCCAGGGGUCUGGGCCGUACCUCCCAUAUCCCCACGUUUCCUCUCCUGACUUUGGGCCCCAGCCUCAGGUGACCUCACCUAAUUUAGUACCACCGUGCCAGAUAUCCCCCCUUCCACCACCCCAACAUGCCUUUCCAAGCCAACAUCCCAAUGAUGGUCUAGACCACUCGAGUUGGGACAGAUCUCAACCGUCUGGUUUCACUAACAGCUACAGUUACUCCUACCAGAUUCAGACAACAGCCCACCUAGACCUCAACCUUCAGAACCCAAAUGAGAACCAAAAAGACCUGGAGUUGGACAUCACACACAGACGGGCCUGUAACACUCACACACUCGUUGACAGUCGUCUCUAUGGUAAGGUGGACACAUGUGGUCCAGUUAAGGACACCUGGGAGCCUCUUGAACCAGCCCUGUCUAAGAUGCAGUGCUCGCCACUGGACUCCAUUUCUGGAGGAGCCAACGUGGGAAGAUGGAACUCGAUGGAGUUUAGCUCAUCAUCUGCUGAGGAUUUCUCCAACACACAGUUCUUUUCUGACAGUUACCAUGAUAAUGAUGACUCGCAGCCCUUUUGCAGCCCCAUCACCCCUGAUCCUCAUUACCCACCAACCCAGACCAUCUCAAGCCCAGGUCCUCAAAUGCAUCCUAGGAAAGAAAGACUGGGAGGUCCCUUACGUUCCAACACAGCUCAAACCUUAAGGUCCUGUCUAGACAAGUCAAACAGCUACUCUGUGAUGUCUGGUCCCAGUCUACACCAACCACAUGAAACCAGCAGCUGCCUCGUUGCUAUGAAAACCGAACCCCUGCAGGACCAGGUCUGCUUCUCAACACGGGAAAGAGGCCAGGAUGCCCAGGAUCCUGCACAGAGUCUGGGCCUCUCUGCCACGCUGAACUGGAAGGGGGAGCGUGGAGGACGAGGAAGAAAAGUGGGGGGAGGAGGAAAUGGCCAAGCAGGUUGGGCCUGGAUCAAAUCGUCUCAGCGUGAAAGCAGCACCGAGGGUCCAGUCUACAGGAUGCAGUGCACAGUGUGUAAGCGUGACUUCAGGAGUCUCCCGGCGCUGAAUGGUCAUAUGCGUUCACACAGCGGCAUCAGAGCAGCCUGUCUGAAGAAGGUUCAAAAAUUGCUUUAUUGUAUGUUACAUCGCCUCAGUAUACAGCAGGAUCCUGUCCACUGCAUUGUCCAUCUUCGUCUGCAGAACAAGGACUCCUCUCCAUCCGCCCGACCCUCUGCCUCCAUGGUUCUGCCCGUCUCUGUGCCCGUGCAGACCAGGGCAUCCAAGAUGUGUCAAAGCAGACAGAGGAGCUGCAGUCAGCCGGCUUCAAGCAACUCAGGCCCUGUGCUAUUCCAAAGCCUAAUGCGCCUGAAAGAAGAGAAAGAGGCCCUUAGUAUGGAAGAUGGUCAUUACACCCCCCCACCAAUGCUGUGUCCCCAGAGGCUUGGGCCAGGCCUGUACUGCUCCCUCACCAGGGUGCAGGGGAGGGAGUCAUCACUGAUGAGUUCAGAUAAACUCAAGGAACCUGUUGCCAUGACAAGAAUCAAUCGUCCGCGGAUAAAUGUAGGAAUGGACUUCCAGGCUCAGCUCCCAUGUCUAUGUGACCAGAAACAGGCCCGCAGCGACUCCCAUGAUGCACUGCUGCUGUGGACGCCAUGGGACAAGCUGGAGGCUCCUGCCAACCAGGAGCGAGUUGAGGCAUUUAUGACUAUGGCUCAGUCCAGCGUGAUGCCCAGGGGAGGGGUCAGCCCAGAGUACGCCCUGCACAUGCUGUCACAGAGCAGAGGAGACUUCUUGCUGACUGUAGAAAAGCUGCUGUCAACUCCCAGAGCUUCCAGCCAGCACACAGAUUGGAGUGCAGCCGAGAGGAGGCAACUGGUGAAAUCCCUGCAGCAGCACCAUAAAGACUUCAGCAGCAUCCAGAGAGACAUCCAGACCAAGUCGCUCCCUCAGUGUGUGGAGUUCUACUAUCUGUGGAAGAAGAAGCUGAGUCUGACGGUGAAGAUCCCAGUCGGCCUGACCAUCACUCUGCCCAGCACCGAACAAACAUCGGUUCGAGCUCAUCAGGACGUAAUGAGUCACUGAAUGCAUCAUGAAACGCAGGACUGCACUGGAGCUACACACUACACACACACACACACACACACACACACACACACACACACACACACACACACACACACACACACACACACACACACACACACACACAUCCAUUGAUUGUUAAUGCUCAUAUAUUUACUAUUGGACGCGCUUUUAUGAAACUACACUUUGACAACACUGAUCAUAAGAAACAUUGUGUAUGUUAGACCUUCACCUUUCUUAAACCUGCUAUAAAUAAGAGUCCAUAUGAUGUUUUCAAGUCUAGCUCCAUCUCUGAGGAGCUGGACUUGAAAGCUUUGUUACUGUAUGUUCAAACACCUGUUAAACCUCAGAUUUUAUUCUCACCUUGAAAAAAUACAGUGAUGCUUAGGUAAUGUAGAACACAGGACCUUAUACCAGCUCUACAGUUAUGACAGUUACUAUUACCAGCAAACACUUUACACAGUUCACUUUCCUCUGUCUAAAUCUGUUUACUAGUUUGUGUAACUGUUAAUCUACUGUAUAAAUAAAAACACAACGCUCCCA